GACAAUACUUCAUCUUGGAACCAGAAGAAGUGUUGACUAAUUUGGAGCUAGUUGUCCGAAGAUAAAAAACAUGGAUACCUCUCCGGAUCCACUUCCUGUGGAGACUGCUGGGCUGACUCAAGCUACCUCAGACACAGACAUCAGCCCGAAUACUGGAAACAACAGUAUGACCCUAUCGGUUGGCAACUAUAGCAAAGACCAGUUAGAUCCGGCAGCUAAACCAGGGCAGUGUGGUAUCUACAACUUAGGUAACACCUGUUUCAUGAACGCUGGUCUUCACUGCCUUAUGAACACCGCCCCUAUCAUCAAGUAUUUCCUCGACCAGUACUCCUGUAACGUCAAGUUUGGACCGUCCUUAGCGGCCCACUUUUACUGGCUAGCUUGUAAAUACUGGAGUGGAAACUACUCCAUCAUCCAUCCCGGUGACUUCAAGACAUGUCUAGGCACAUUUCACGGCCAGUUUGAGGAUUAUAGACAGCAUGACUGUCAGGAAUUCUUGGCCCUAAUGCUGGACACGCUACACGAGGAGACAAACAAGAGUAAUGUGAUUUUUAUGGAGCGGCAAGGGUCACUUCCAUCUACAGAUACUCCCAAGUCUGAACAGGACCAACUCAACAACUCACUGGAUCAUAUAGCAGUGUCCACUUCCGAACUGACCGCCAUGCCUAAUGACCAGCUCAAUAACUCUUUGGACCAGAUCACUGUGUCUACAGCUGAAUAUACCACCACACAGAGUACCGAACACCUCAACAACUCUCAUGAACAACAAUCAAAUUCUUCAGAACAAUUGAAUAAUUCGGUUGAGAAAAAAUGUGUAGAUGCAGUUGAAACCCUCUCAAGCUGUGAGGCUGUGGCAAGCAGGACGGGGGAGAGAAGUACGAAAGUCCAACACCAGCAUACUUUGGAACAGUUAUGUCCCCUUGUCGAAGGAGAGAUGAGCUCAAGAAAUGACUUCAGUUUCACAGGUCAGCAGAAUUUGGAUGAUAUGUCCACGUUACGUCCACUACUUAAUAAUUCCACUGAGUUCAAACAAACCCUGCCGUCCUUACAUCAGUUUUAUGCUAAAGAGUCCAAGACUCUCAACACCAAUGUCCUCCUAGACAAGGGGAUUGAAGGGGAAUCGCUCAACACAGACUCGCACAAGUUUGCCAAACAAGACAAUGAUAGCCCUUUGAGAUUAAAUGAGGUAAAUUUACUUCAGGACACGGCUCCAAUGGAGAUAGACAAGAACGACUGCCCGAAAGGUCUGAAGGACGUUAACAUACAAGCUGAUAAGUGUAAGAAGGCCUCCAUUGGGAUUGCCCUGUGUUUUGUUGAACAGGACUCGCUGACUGGUCAAACCACUAAGAAAAACACUGAUGGUGGAUCAAUGUGCUUUGAUCCAGAUGUAGAUAGUGUGAAGCGGAUGAAAUUUGAAACCACCGAAAAAAAUUUCCAACAUCAAGCGUUCAGUAAGCUCAACAGAAACGUGUCAGAUUUAGAGGGUUCCUGCAGCACGGCAUUACAAGACAUUAAAAUCAGAGCUGAUGUCAUCGCUGACAGUCCAAAAUCCACAGACACAGAUAUCAAACUAGAGGACGAGGUCGAGUCAAGUUCAAUCCUCGGUCUGUCAGAGUCAGUUGGAGCCCAGCAGUUGGAGGAAGAUGAAGACGAGGAGGAUGAUGAUGAAGAUGAAGAAGAUGCUUUGUGUGAUGCAGCUGAUCAGGCGUGGGACUCCUACAUCAAACGACAUAACAGUAUAGUUGUGUCCACAUUCCAGGGCAUGUUUAAGUCUACGGUGAGUUUCGUGGUUGUCCACAUUCCUGGGCAUGUUUAAGUCUACAGUGAGUUUCGUGGUUGUCCACA